AUGGAGAGCCCUCCGGCCCAGGAGAAAAAGCCUCUUAAGCCCUUAAAACGUGACGCCAAACAGGCUGAGCAAAAGACGGACGCUUCUAAACCGAAAAUCGUCAGCCUGAAGACGGUGAUAACAGGAGGGGCCGGCCACUUUGGGUUCACCCUCGGCUGCACUCUUGCCAAAGCAGGAACAGAUGUGGUUAUCUAUGACAUCCAAAAGCCUUUGUGGCCAAUCCCGAAAGGCGUUGCACUUGUUCAGGGGGAUGUCAGACAUUACACUGACUUCUACGCGGCCUGCGAAGGGGCUGAUUGCGUCGUCCACGCAGCGGCGUAUGGAAUGUCAGGGGUUGAGCAAUUACACAGGAGAGAAAUCCAGUCCGUCAAUGUCAGAGGCACCGGAAUAGUCAUUGAAGUCUGCAGGAAACGCAACAUCCCCCGGCUGAUCUACACCAGCACCGUCAACGUGGUCUUUGCGGGGCAGACUAUUAUCGACGGAGAUGAGGAGAGCGUGCCGUAUUAUCCUCUGGAUAAGCACGUGAACGAAUAUUCCCGGACCAAAUCGAUUGCCGAGCAAAUGGUUUUAGCGGCGAACGGGUCGUCCCUGGCAGGUGGUGGCAAGCUGUAUACUUGUGCUCUGCGGGCCCCUGGCAUCUAUGGGCCAGAAGAACAGAGACACAUGCCCCGAAUGGCACUGAAUAUUGAACGGGGGCUGUUUAACUUCAAAGUCGGGAGUCCAAAUACAUUCAUGAACUGGGCCCACGUGAAGAAUCUCGUGCAGGCUCACGUUCUCGCGGCGGAGGCUCUGACUCCCGAGAAGAACUAUAUAGCAGGGGGCCAGGCGUAUUUUAUCAAUGACGGCGAGAAAGUGAACCUUUAUGAAUGGUUAUCUCCACUGUUUGAAGCGUUGGGGGCCCGGAAGCCGUGGAUCCAUUCUCCUGUUUUUCUAGUUCACCUGUCAGCGGUAUUUAUGGAGUAUUUGUACUUGUUACUUCGGCCCCUUGUGGAAAUAAACCCACUCGUCACCCGUUAUGAGGUGCACAACAUUUCCUGCAUGCACACGUUCAAAAUAGACAAAGCUCGCAAGCAGCUGGGUUACGCCCCCAAGAAGUACACGUUCGCCAGUUGCGUGGAUCAUUUCAUGAAAACGAGACCCCGCAGGAGAAAUUUCUUCCUCCUGAAACUGUUCUUUUGCUUGCUGCUCUUUGUCGGCAUGAUUGUUCUGUGUGUUAAAUAUCGAGAAACGGGAGACUUUCUGAGGGAACGGUGGGCCCGGUACCAGGAGCUCUUGCAAUAAACUGGUUAUUGAAGGGGA